CGGUAGCUUAAUUUGUUUUCUGAGGAAGUUUCCCCCUGUGACUCAGUCAGUCAGAACAAAGGACGCACGAACUAUAUACUGUGUCGUGCCAUCCUUGUGAGCUCCUCCUCUUGGCUGUGGCCUCAUGUUGGAUUCAUCGAGCACAUGACGGUAAAGCCAAAUGCCUCCAGCAGUUCAAGUCUAUAACUAUAAUGACCUCUCAGCUCAUCGUCAUCACCGCACCAGCAAUGGCGGUCACACUCACAGCGGAGGAGUGAGAGCUCCAGCUGGGGCCUCAUGGAGCACAACCAACCGUCCUCCGGCUGCAUCUUCCUCGACAUGCCCCCGGCGUCCCAGGUCGACGGCGGCGAGGAUGGUGACAGUGUGCUCCCCUACAUUUCGCGCAUGCUCAUGGAGGAGAACGUGGUCGACAAGUUCUUGUGCCAGUACCCUGACCACCCCGCGCUCCUCCAGGCCCAGCAGCCCUUCACCCAGAUCCUCUCGGAUGCCCGCGCCGCACAUCAGCCGUGCAGCUCCGUCGAGCUCUCCGCUGUGCAGGCAUCGGCGCCGGCGCCCUAUCGUUCCUCUUACAUUGACGCUCCCGCCGCCGCCGCGGCGCCGUCCGUCGCCCAAGGCAACAACACCGAGGAUCCGGCUCCGGCCUUCUCCUUGAAUGUCAUGGCCAUGGCCACGGACACGGUGGAGCCCAGUAGCUCGCUGUCAGCGGAGAGCAGCAGCAGCUGCUGCAUGGACGUGGUGAGCAUGGCAUUCUUCAAAGGCAUGGAGGAGGCCAGCAAGUUCUUGCCCGGCGAUGGCGUGCCGGCGGGCGGCGGUAGAGGCCAGAAGAAGAGGCUGGACGGGGACGACGAGGCGGAGGCCGGAGCGGGCAGGAGCAGCAAGCAGAUGGCAGCCGACGGCGAGGAGUCGGAGGAGGCUGCCGCGCGCGAGAUACUGGACCAGCUCAUGCUCAACGGCUGCGAGCCAAGCGCCGCCGACAUGCAGGAGCUACGCGCCGCCGUGGAGAUGGAGAAGACACCGCGUGGGAGUAGUCGCGGCACGAGCGCGGCGGGGCAGGCGGUGGACCUGCACACCAUGCUCAUCCGCUGCGCCGAGGCCGUGGCGGCCGACGACCGGCGUGGCGUGGCCGACCUCCUGGAGCGGAUCAGGCGCCACUCGUCGCCGGCGGGGGACGGGACGCAGCGGCUGGCGCACUACUUCGCUCUGGGGCUGGAGGCGCGGCUGGCCGGCACGGGGAGCCGGCUCUACCGGUCGAUCAUGGUGAGACGCGGCUCCCUCGCGGACUACCUCAGGGCAUGCCAGCUCCACAUGACCGCGUGCUGCUUUCUCCCAGUGAUCUUCCUCUUCUCCAGCGACGCCAUCUGCAGCGCCGUCGCGGGGAGGAAGAAGCUGCACAUCGUGUGCUACGGUUUGGGCCACGGGCUCCAGUGGCCAGACGUGCUCCGCCGGCUCGGCCACAGGGACGGCGGGCCACCGGAAGUGAGGCUCACCGGCAUCGACUCCCCGCUGCCCGGGUUCCGGCCAGCCCAGCUCAUCGAGGAGACAGGCCGCCGGCUCAAUGACUCCGCGCGCCGGUUCGGUGUGCCGUUCAGGUUCCGCGGCAUCGCCGCGAAAUCGGAGGACGUCCUAGCAGGUGACCUGGACAUUGAUCCCGACGAGGUGCUCGUCGUCGCGAGCACGUUCCAUUUCAGGUCCUUGAUGGACGAGGGCGUCGCCGGGAGGAGCACGAACCCCAUGGACACGGUGCUCAAGACCAUCAGGGAGAUGAGGCCGGCCGUGUUCAUCCACGCCAUCGUCAACGCGUCGUACAGCGCGGCGUUCUUCCUGACGCGGUUUCGCGAGGUGCUCUACAGGUUCACGGCGCUGUUCGAUAUGCUGGACACCGUCCUGCCCCGGGAGGACCUCAGGAGGCUGGUGCUCGAGCGGGACGUCCUGGCGCAGUGCGCGGCGAACGUCAUCGCCUGCGAGGGCGCGGACCGGGUGCAGCGGCCCCGGAGCUACAAGCAGUGGCAGGCGAGGAGCCGGCGGGCAGGGCUGCAGCAGCUGCCGCUGGACCGCGGCGUUGUCCAGAUGCUCAGAGACAAGGUGAGGAAGGAGUACCACAGGUGCUUCGAGAUCAGCGAGGAUCAGCAGUGGCUUCUCCCGGGAUGGAAAGGGCGGGUGCUCUACGCGCUCUCCACGUGGACGGCAGGUACAGAAGCAGCUAAAUACUUGCAUUCUAUCCGAUAAUAGGGUAUCCCAUAAUACUUGCAUUUUCUUAUCCAUGCUGUGUACAUGGGAUUUUUGUGCGGUGUAUGUCUCUUUUCUUAGGAUCUACGGG